UGCCAUUAUGCCUGGCCCGGAGUUCAGGUUCUUGGACGAGAUAGUAUUUCACUCUGAAUUUCUCAUAUAUUUUCCAUCUCAUUCUUGGGGAUUUCUCAUCAAAGAUCUCCUUUUUAUAGUAACAACUUGGCUUUUCAAGAUUCCACUCCAAUUUGGAUGUUUUUUUUUUUUUGUUGCCUUUUCCCCCUCCAAUUUCUGUACACUCUAAGCGCGUCUCACUCGAAUCACAACCAAUCCCCUAUCUUCACAGCUCUUUUCAUCCGAAUCCCUUCCUCUUCUCACUCUUUAUUGCAAGAUUUGACAUGGGUAUUUCAAGAAACAGCCAUUAGAGGUCACAUGUAGUCUUUCUCAGCUACUGGCACCUGGGUUUCAAAGAUCCUGCUAUGGAUGCUGACCAGAUUAUUCUUCUUGCUGCACUGCUUCUGUCUCUUGUUUCAGUUGUUUCUAGUGUCACAGACCCAAAUGAUUUUGCCAUUCUUGACCAGUUCAGAAAAGGGUUGGAAAACCCUGAGCUCUUGAGCUGGCCUCCAAACAGCAAUGACCCAUGUGGCCCCCCCAGUUGGAAACAUGUGGUUUGUGUCGGUAAUAGGGUUACUCAGAUUCAGGUUGAGAAUGUUGGAUUGAAGGGUCCUUUGCCUGAGAACUUCAACCAAUUGACUAAGCUCUACAACUUAGGCCUCCAGAGGAACCAGUUUAAUGGAAAGUUGCCAUCUUUUAGUGGUUUAUCUGAGUUGCAGUUUGCCUAUUUGGAUUACAACAAUUUCGAUUCGAUUCCGUCAGAUUUUUUCGAUGGGUUGGUCAGUUUAAGGACUUUUGCUUUGGAUUCUAACCCCCUUAAUGCCACAACAGGUUGGUCACUGCCUUCUCAGUUGCAAGACUCAUCUCAAUUGACCACUCUUUCCUUGAUGAAUUGUAAUUUGGUUGGUCCAUUGCCUGAUUUUUGGGGUACUAUGCCGUCCCUCACGUCUUUGAAAUUAGCGUUGAAUCAAAUUUCCGGUGCUCUUCCAGCGAGCUUUGGCAACUUAGGCUUGCAGUAUUUGUGGCUGAAUGGGCAGUCUGGUAGGGGAAUGAACGGUCCAAUCGACGUGGUUGCAUCAAUGGUUUCACUCACUAGUCUAUGGCUUCAUGGCAACACAUUUUCAGGUAAAAUUCCAGCAAACAUUGGUGACUUAACUUUUUUGAAGGAUUUCAAUGUCAAUAGCAAUGAUCUUGUGGGCUUAUUACCUGAUAGCUUGGCAGAUAUGCAAUUGAACAAGUUAGAUUUGAACAAUAAUCAGUUCAUGGGUCCUGUUCCUAAGUUCAAAGCAGUUAAUUACACUUACAGUUCAAACAAUUUUUGUCAAUCUGAUGUGGGUGUUCUUUGUGCCCCUGAAGUUAUGGCACUGUUAGAGUUUCUUGAUGCUGUGAAUUACCCUUCAAAGCUUGUUUCUUCUUGGACUGGGAAUGACCCUUGUGGGGGACAAUGGCUGGGAGUGAGUUGUGAUGCCAACAAGAAGGUUUCUAUAAUCAAUUUGGUUAAGUCUAAUCUUACCGGUACCUUGAGUCCUACAAUUGCAAACAUAGCUUCCCUUACUCAAAUUAGUCUCUCUUCUAAUCAUCUUUCGGGUCCAAUUCCGAAAAACUGGACCAGCUUGAAAUCUUUGACCCUUUUGGAUUUGAGUGGCAACAACCUUUCUGCUCCGUUGCCAAAUUUCAGUAGCUCUGUCAAACUGUCCUUAGACAAUAAUCCUUUACUAAAUUCUAAUGAGUCUGAACCACCCCCUUCGCCAAUAAACAACAGCCCGCCAUCUCGAGGUUCACAAUCCCCUCCAAAUAAUCACCCAUCUACAAAUCCCACAAGUCGUUCUUAUGAAUCAACUCAAGGGGAAACCUCCAAAAGUUCUAAACUACUUGUAAUUGUGGUCCCUGUCGCCAGUUUCGCAGCUGUUGUCUUGUUGGUUGUUCCUUUGCUUAUUUAUUGUUGUACGAAGAGAAAGGAUGCCCCCUCCCAAACUCCAUCUUCUCUUGUGAUUCACCCUAGAGACCCCUCUGAUUCAGAUAACACAGUUAAGAUUGCUGUUGCGAAUAACAGCAAUGGAAGUGGUUCUGGGAGCAGAAACAGCAGUGGAAUUGGUGAGUCACAUGUCAUUGACGCUGGAAAUUUGGUUAUAUCGGUGCAAGUUCUUCGGAAGGUGACCAAUAAUUUUGCCCCUGAAAAUGAGCUUGGCCGUGGGGGUUUUGGGGUGGUUUAUAAGGGAGAAUUGGAUGAUGGGACGAAAAUAGCAGUGAAGAGAAUGGAAUCUGGUGUGAUUAACAGCAAAGCUCUAGAUGAGUUUCAGUCCGAAAUCGCUGUUCUUUCAAAGGUUCGCCAUCGUCAUUUGGUUUCUCUUCUUGGGUAUUCGAUCGAAGGCAAGGAGAGGCUUUUGGUUUAUGAGUAUAUGCCUCAAGGGGCUCUGAGCAAGCACCUUUUCCACUGGAAGAGCUUGAAUUUAGAACCUCUGUCUUGGAAGAGGAGGCUGAA